CAUAAACCAUAAUAUCACAUGAUUUCUCCCGCCCUCCAUACAGUUGAAAUAUAUUCUUGAUUUUAUUAAAACCAACAGGAAAACUGUGCGGUGAUCUUACGUCUGGCUCCACUUUUAGACGACGGAGUUGAAACUUGUGUCGACAUGAAAUAUUUGGCUUCGUCCAAGAUACUGGAUCUGACAAGUUACCAUAAGUAAAACGGUCUAUUCCUUCCUCUUGAAAAUGACAUGUGCAUUUGCCCUCUAUCAGAAGAAAACGGCAUGGCAAGAUUUGGCAAUUUGCAGAGGAUUACAAUUUACAGAUUGCAGAGGACGGAAUCAAAUUAUUUUACUUUGAUGUGGCGUACUUUUCACUGGAAAACGCAGGAGAUUGAGAAUAGAUUCAACAGACAACAGAACAAUGGAUCAAAUAACUGUGAUUAAAUUAAAGGACGCAAUUAACUCAUAGGAGGUACAUGCAGGACCUUGCAGUGCAAUUAAUAUUUUGACAUCGACAUGGCAGAAAAACCUUUUACAAAAGAAGAAUUGAAUUUUUUCAAAUUUGCAUCGAUUGUUCUCAAUGAAUUCCCAAAAUUGUUACGUCAAACAUUUAUAAUAAUGUGGGAUAAUAGGAUUGCACCAUUUCCUGGUUGUCAUGUGUGGGAUGAUUCACCCGCUGUUCGGAACCUUCUUCUCAUUAGAGAGGGUGGAAAAACUAAUAUACCAACAAACAAGUCAAUAAAUGAAUGGGAUUGUACUGCUUUGUUUCAAGCAAUAAUUUACUCCAAGAUUUUUGGACUAACUACCACAAAGGCCACCGAGACACUCAGUCAACAAUAUCUAAAGAAGAAACCGAAUCCUUUUCAUUCCACCUUGAUCAGUCCAACUGGUAAACAAGAUGAAUCGUUAACUUUAGCCAUCGACCAACUUCGUUUGCUCAGAAAUAUCUUAUGCCAUAUUCCCAAGCCCUUCCUAACUAAAAUUGAGUUCGACCAGUAUGUUCAAGUUGCCAAAGAUGCAUUUGCAGUCAUAGGAGUUGCGUCAGAUCGUAUUGAUGAAAUCAGCUGCCUUGGAGAGGAAGACUUUCCAACUAACAAAAUGAAUGAAUUGAACGAAAGAAUUAAGGACGAACUACAACAAUGCAAUAAAUUCCUUGAAAAUGAAGUAAUACAAAAAUUAUCCGAUCAGGAGGAAAACAUGGAUCUCGUUUUCCAGAAAUUGGAUGAGAUAAAAGAGAAUAUCAAGAGUAGCGGCAGAGUUUCAGGGAAAGAAUGCGUUAGUUUAAACAGCGGCUCAGAGAGUGAAAAAAAGGUCGAUGAUCCUUCAGUCAUUGGAACUGCUCUGAAAAAUGAAAAAACAUCGAUAAUGGCAGCUGAAAGCCCUGGAAUAUCCACAGAAUCAAAAUUGACAGAAUUAUCAAGGCUGAUGGGAUGUAGUUCCGAGGAAGUAAAGCGCGAUUGUAAAACAGAAACUGAACCGCUCGAUUCAUUCAGAGAGAAAACAAAAUUUCCAAUCCCAGCUUCAGUUGAGAGACCAGCUGAAAAGACGUGGAAAAGCAAGCUUUAUGAAUACUGUCAGCGUAUAAAAGUAGAGCCAAAAUGUUAUGAAACCAAAGAUGAACGUACUGGGGAAUUUACAGGUUUUAUAACAAUAUUAGACAAAACAUUCGAAAGCACUGGGUCUUUUCCUACAAAAAAAGUCGCCAAAGAAAUUGCUGCGAAAAUAGCAAUGGAGUAUUUUAAUGGACUCUCUUCAGAAAGCGGUACUGGAAGUAAUGUUAACGAAAAGGAAGGUGCAUGUCGGGAGAUUUCUACAACUGUGGAAGACGACACAGUAUCGUUAACCUCCAUGAAACCAGCCAGUCAGUUACAAAGGCCGAUAGGAUGUAGUUCUGAGGAAGUAGAGUUCGAUAAUAAUACAGAAAUUGAACGGCCUGAAUCAUUCAGAGAGAAAACAAAAUUUCCAAUCACACCUUCAGUUGAGAGACCAGCUGAAAAGACGUGGAAAAGCAAGUUUUAUGAAUACUGUCAGCGUAUAAAAGUAGAGCCAAAAUGUUAUGAAACCAAAGAUGAAUGCACUGGGGAAUUUACAGGUUUUAUAACAAUAGACAAAUUAGACAAAAUAUUCGAAAGCAUUGGGUCUUUUCCUAAUAAAAAAGUCGCCAAGGAAAUGGCUGCAAAGACAGCAAUGGAGUAUUUUAAUGGACUCUCUUCAGAAAGUGGUACUGGAAGUAAUGUUAACGAAGAAGAAGGUGCAUGUCGGGAGAUUUCUACAACUGUGGAAGACGACACAGUAUCGUUAACCUCCAUGAAACCAGCCAGUCAACCUAAAUUAUCUGAAUUGGCAGAAAAUCAGAAUUUACGAAGCCAGAUUACACCAAGUCGCAAGACAGCAACCAACCCUUUGGAAAGUAAUGACGGGAAAACUUGGAAAAGCAUUCUUAAUGAUUAUGGACAGAGCAUAGGAGCAGAGAUAACGUCCGAAGAUAUAUUGAGUACAAACGUUAGGAAGGAGGUAGCGUUUAGAUGUGUGGUCAAAAUCUUGGACAAAUCUUUCGAAACUGUUGAAAACUAUUCUUCUAAAAAAACUGCGAAGGAAAUGACAGCAAAAGAGGCAGUUCUGUAUUUAAGAGCUUAUUCUUCCUUGAAGAGAUGCCUGGAGAAAAGAAAUUUAGAUUAUAGUUUGGGAUUUGUCACCACCCAAAAUCCAAUCACAAACAAAUAUUCUUCCAAGAUUUACCUAGGAAAGCGAUGCUUUAAGGGAAAAGAGCCGAAAUUUACAAGAAACGAAGCUGAGAUUCAUGUUAUCGAAACAGCAAUUGAUACUUUCGAUGGACGUUCCGAUAAACCUGGUCAAUAUUUCCAGGAUUCUUUAAAAUUGUAUCACGAAGAGAUUGGUUGUGAAGCAUUUCCAAAGUAUGAGGUUGCCAAAAGUAGUGACAAUGGAAAUUUUAUUUGUGAAGUUAAAGUAAAGAAAAAGUAUGAAUUCAUCUGCGAGGAGAGAAAAACGUCAAAGACGGAUGUACAAAAUUAUUUAGCAGAAAGAGCGGUUAAAACUUUGGAAGACGAAAAAGUGACCACUCCAGUUUCUGCAGAUGCGAAAAUUUGGCUGACUUAUUUUCUUCAGAAUCAAGAUGGUGAAACAAAACUAAAGUAUGAGUUACAAGAAGAGUCUGGCAAGUUUUAUGGUAGUCUGUAUUUUUAUGUUGUUGUUUCAUUUGAAAGUUUGACUUCACAAGCAACAAAAGAAGAGGCAAUCGCUAGUUCUGCGAUGUCUGCAUGUAAUGCUAUAAUGAAUCAGCCCUGAAUUAAGAACGAAUAUAUCAUUAGUAAUUCUUUAACAUGAUUUACGUGUAAAUCGUUUUAAAAUGAAGCUAUGAAGCUAUAAUCUGGGGAAUGGAUCAAUAGUUCUGCCAUAUGAUAAUUAGUAAUCUUUGGAUGCCUCGAAGAGUUAAAUUUAAAAUGAAUGGAAUCUAUAGUCUGAAAGAAGUAAUCAAUAGAUCUGCAAUGUCAGCAUAAUGAGCUAAUUAAUUAACUAAAAUGUAAUUGAUACAUAAUUUCUAGAUGCAUGAGGUAAUUGUAAUACAUAUAUUUUCAUGCUAUAAUAUGUGAAUCAGCUUUGAUUUAGAGAAACGAGAAUGUCAUUAGUGAUUUUAAGAUGCUUUAGGUUUAAAUUAUAUUUUAAAUGAGAGAAACUAGCCAAAUUUAAAGAGCUAUAAAUGUAUUUUGGAUGCUUUACAUAGUUAGACUACAAUAAUUCUUAG